AUUUCGCAUUGACUAAAAUUCCUUUUGAACUGAAGUGACCCAAUUCAUAGUAUUGAGGUUCAUGUGAACUACAGGCUUGAUCAACACUGUCCCUUUUACUGCAAAAGGAGUUUAAAACAAAAAAAUGAAUAAGCGGUGGACAGACUAUAGCUGGGAAAUUCUAGACUGAUUCUCAUUUAUGGAUGUAAUAGUGUAGCUGGUUUGUAUGUAAAUUGAGUCUUGCUGAAAAUUAUAUGGGGCUUGUAUGAUUUAGUUUUGUAUGAGAUGAUACUUUAGCUUGUGUUAUGGCUGAGUAGAUCAUUUAAUCUCUGCCAAAUUAGCUUCACCCUACUCCUGUAACACUGUUGAAUAGAAAAUAGUUAGGGGAACAAUCUGAAGAAGAUAAAGCACCAUUUAAAACAUUGAUGUGAAAGACAAAAAAUCCACAAUGAAAGAAGGGGGGUGGGGGUCAGAAAGAAAGUUUGCUCUAGUCUUAGAGGUGGAGAGAACUGUUCUGUUGGGUGUGCCAUUUGCAUUCCUUGGAGAUCACCAGUCAGAUGAGCUGUUGCCACUUCAGUGUAGGCUAGCCAUGUCCUUUCCUGUGAUUGGUUACAGCUGUCACCUUAAAAGGAGGGGAUUCCAGAACUGUCACAAAGGCUUGACAGCUAAAGGAAGCCCUGGGGGAAUAACCGGUGUAGAAAUAUAGAAAAGUAAGAUUAAGACAGUGAGAAAGAACCAUAUAUAAAGGAGACAAAAGUACACAAUGAGCUUAUACAGUCAGGUCCAUAAUUAUUGCCAUUCUUGAUAAAGGAGCAAAAAAAGACUAUAAAAUAAGACAGAUACUGAGCUAUAUUGUAUACCCCCCCAAAAAAUGUAUUUUAUACUAAUACAACUACUCAUAGAAAGAGACUUUGUUCAAGUUUUUUUUUUUUUUAUUAAAGAUCAGGGUCAAAAGCACUACACAGCUGAUUCAAACUCAUCAAGCUUUGAUUAUUUGAAUCAACGUUUCACACAUUUUGGCAGACAGGAAUUCCAUGUAUAUCUUCUAAUCUCUGAAUAAUAUAAUUUCCCCCCAAAAAUGUAAUGAUAAACUAGUAGCGCUUCAUAUUCUUGAUUCAAAUUACAAUGACGAUUCUGCUUGACUUUUCCCAUUCAAACUCAAAUUGUGGAACUGACUCUGAAGAUACUGGAUAAUUGCGUGAGUGUCAAAUGCCCUGUAGUCUGUCCCUUUAAAUGCUCCCAAAUAUUUAGCUCGGCAAUCAGUAGUUCUGUCAUCCUCAGGGACGGACCCAAUGUUACUGGUAGUGAGCAUGUCUGGGUGCUCCACUAUUCUGUGCUAAACUUAGCCCCGGCAAUACCUCCUCUCAUCACACUAACGUGCUUUUGGGUUACAAUGGAACCGGUGAAUGGUGUAGAGUUACCACCAAUGGAGCUGGAUUGCGAUAGGAACACUGGCCGAACAAGCUCUGCCCUCACCGCGGACAUUGAAGAUUUUGAUGCUGUCGUUUCGGUCACUGAGACGCUGAAUCAAUUGGCAGCACACGUGGAAGACGAAAGGUUUCAGUCACAGAUUCUGUCAUUGUCUAACCCUGACUUACAGGAAGACGUACAGGUGGCCCCUACACAGGAGGGAGAGGUGCAAGAGGAGCUGGACCUCUCCUCUGUCAUAUCACACAUCAGCACCCAGACAGCACCUAUAAACACCCCUGUUUUACCUGUGAUUGAAAAGAAGCCUCACCGCCCUCCAAGGCACACAAGGCUCUCUUCAUCAUCCACUGGUGCCAAUGUUCCCCACCCCUUCUCCACCCUCCUCCCUGGGGCUCUCUCUGCUAUCCUGCGUGUGACCCUGCCCCCUCACCUCACCUCUAACCCCAAGCCCAGGAGGGAGCCAAGUGCCCAGGGCCCACUGACCCUAGAACAGCUGCAGACAGAGCUCCGGGACCUGAGGGACGAGGUAGAAAUGAUGAAGAGCCAGCACAACAAAGAGAUUCAACUGCUGAUGAAUGAGUUGGAUGAGGAGAAAAGGAUUCGUUUGUCAGUACAGAUGGAGGUGGCACAGAUGAAGAAGCACAAGUCCAAAUGAGCUGUCGGGCUCAAACAGCAUGACAUCCCCAAAGAAGUUUGAACAGGCGGUAAUCUGUCUCAGCCUCUGUUUUGGUUUAAAGACUAUCAAUUGUUUGACCAGUUUGUUGUGAUCCGUUGGACAGGUGAUUGAAAAGAAGCCUCACCACCCUCAAGGCCCACAAAAUGAAUUAUCAAUGAUUUAUGAAACUCAAACUAUAUAGUGAAUGUUGAGAAGUUAACUCCUGAGCAUCUUGUACAGAGACAUUUUUAUAUUUGCUUAUUUUACUUUUUAAAUAAAAAUUAAAACAAU